ACAUCUGUCUUCUGUCACUUUCGCCUUUUGCGUUGCGGAGCAACAAGCAGCGACGCCGUCGUGAUAAGGAGACGACGCUAGUCGGAACCGCAAACCGCGUUCUCGUAUAAAUUUCCCAGACGCGUGUUGUUGGUCGAUCAGAGUGGUCUGUUUGUGUCGGCAUUUUCGCGAUUGCUGUGACUGUCAUCGGCUGCUGGGAUCAUUGGGAUUUAAAGUUACGCUGACCAAAUAAUGAUCAACUUCUCAGAGGAAAACUAAAUUAUGACGUACAAAAUACGGAAAAAAACAAAGUAGUGAUCCAACACCGAAAGAGUGACAUUCUACACGAAAUAUACCAAAGCCUAAAAACCGAACAAAAUGCCGGCAGUUGUAUCAAAGUUCUUGGAAAGGGGCGAGACCGCCUUGAAGGUGAACAGGACAGCCAUAUCGGGGGCAGUGAUAGCUGCAGUGAUGUUCACCUACGGUUACAAAGUAGCUUACCCCUUAGUCGACAGAUACUUCCACAAGCCCGAUAAAGAGCAGAUCAACAUCAACAACAACCUAGUCAAGACCAGCAUUAUCCAACAAAACGGCGACCCCAAGACGCAACAAGUUAUCUCCAAGAGGAGCAAGCUGCUUAACGCUAUACCUGGGCUGAACCUCAAGUUCAUCCUGCAAUUCUUCAGAUUGCUGAGGAUAAUGAUACCGGGUGUACUGACGCCUGAGGUCGCACUUUUAUCUGGUCACACAUUGUUCCUUUUCCUCAGGACGUUUCUGAGCAUCUAUGUGGCCAAUCUGGAAGGCGCCAUCGUCAAGUACACGGUAAGAAAAGAGCCGAAGAACUUCAUGAUUCAACUGGCCAAGUGGUUUGCGGUUGCUGUACCGGCGACCUUCAUCAACAGCAUGAUCAGGUAUCUGGAGUCCAAGAUAGCCUUAAGGUUUCGCACGCGACUGGUGGAACAUUCCUACGACCUCUACUUCAAAAACCAAAGCUACUAUAGAGUCACAGUGUUGGAUGGCCGCUUGGACAAUUGCUCCCAACGUUUGACAGACGACAUCGAAACAGUGGCGUCUACCGUUUCUCAUCUUUACGGCCAAAUAACUAAGCCUAUGUUCGACAUAUUACUGAUGGCCAUCGCGUUGGCCAACCUUGUUAAAUCCAGGAAUGCCAACUUGAUAACGGGACCUGUGAUCAUUUGCGGAGUUGUGUUCUUGUCAGCCCUGAUACUCAGGGUAGUUUCGCCAAAGUUCGGGCAGUUGGUGGCUCAGGAGGCUGAGAAAAAGGGUUAUCUUAGGCACGUUCACGGAAGAAUUGUGUCUAACGCUGAAGAGAUAGCGUUUUACGGAGGACAUAAGGUGGAGCAGAGUCAUCUGAGGAGCGCUUAUAGGAUAUUGGUGCAGCACAUGGAACACAUGUUUGGUGUCAAGCUUUGGUUCGUCAUGCUGGAGCAGUUCCUCAUGAAGUACGUCUGGUCUGGUACAGGAAUGUUCGUAGUGUCCCUUCCAAUCCUCUUGGGCGCCAUCAAAACUGGCAAGAUCGACGAUGACGCCUCCGGCAGAGACAAUAUUUCGGAACGUACCCACUACUUCACCACAGCGAAGAACCUACUGAUCACCGGUUCUAACGCCGUCGAGAGGCUGAUGUCAAGCUACAAAGACGUUGUAGAACUGGCUGGGCAUACAGCCAGAGUAGCCAACAUGUUCCAGGUACUGGAGGAGGCCAGUCAAGGCAUCUACCAGAAAACUGUGGUAGAAAAAAGGAAGGAGGUUGGAGGAUUCCAGAUCGAAUUCAAAGGAAAUCAACCAAUCGCCAAAGGUAAAUGGAUUCAAUCCAAAGAUGAGAUAAUCCUUGGAAAUGUUCCCAUUGUAACACCAAACUGCGACGUUGUUUGUCCAAGUCUCAGCUUCCAGCUAAAACCUGGUCAGCAUCUACUUAUCACCGGACCAAAUGGUUGUGGCAAAUCAAGUCUGUUUAGGAUAUUAAGCGGACUGUGGCCUAUUUAUGGUGGAGAGUUACAUACACCCAAAGAUUCUAUGUUCUACAUACCCCAGAGACCCUAUAUGGUAAUAGGAAAUCUCAGGGAUCAAAUAAUAUAUCCUGAUACUUAUGCUGAUAUGAUCAACAAGCAAGUGACUGAAGAUGAUCUUAGACGUAUAAUGCAGAUGGUUCACCUUGAACAUAUAGUAGACAGAGAUACUUUCCAUGAGAUCAAAGAUUGGACAGAUAUUUUGUCUGGUGGAGAAAAACAGAGGAUGGCAAUAGCAAGGCUAUUUUACCACCAGCCUAAAUAUGCCCUUUUGGAUGAAUGCACUUCAGCUGUCUCCAUUGAUGUGGAGAGUAACAUUUAUCAGCAAUCCAUCGAUAUGGGCAUUACACUUCUGACUAUAACCCAUAGGCCCACAUUAUGGAAAUUCCAUAGCCACAUUUUACAAUUUGAUGGGACUGGUGCUUGGACCUUCAACACUUUAAAUGCAGAUGACAGGCUAGACCUCAAGAAAGAAAAGAUGAAUCUCCUGGAAAUUUCCAAGGACCAAAAGUUGCAUUCCAAUGAAAAGGAGAGACUGGACGAAAUCAACAGGCUUCUUGGAGAAGAUGAUAACUAGAACAUCACCAAAAAUAUAUCGGAUCAUUUGCCUCCAAAGAAAACAAAUAACGCAUCACAAGGGGGGCACAGAAAGGAUGACAUUACACAUCAGACAGAUUUUGGGUUGGACUUCUUAGUGAGACUAAGUCAAGUCCCUAACAGAUUUAUGUGAUUUCAUUCAGUUCACUUGUAGAUACGUAGUGCAAGUUAUUGUGAUUUUUAUGUAUUACGUAGAUGUUUUUAUUUUUUAAAUAUUUUAUGAUACCAUCUUAUGUAAGUAUCUGUUCAGUUUUUGAUGGUUUACAUUGAAAAGUACACAAAUAAG